UCCCGCUUCUCUCGUCAGCUUCCUCCGCUCGCCCCGCGGUUCCCGCUUCUUACAACCCCCCGGUCGCCUCGGGUCGGCCUCUCCCCACUCCGCCGCCGCCGCUCCGCUUGCCCCCAUUUCCUCCCUCCCUUCCCCUCCUGCUCUCGCCUCCCUCCCACUUCCAGUCAACCCCGCCCGGGAGCACACGGAUUUCGGCUCUCGGCUUGGACCCUCGCCGCAGGUCCAGGACUCCGGGGUUCAGAUUGGGGCCCGUUGCUCCGGCGUUCUUCGGCAGGCUUCCUACUGAAGGCUAUCUUGCAUCAUGGAGAGUACAGACAAGGAUGAGAAAAAUCUUACUGUAACCAAAGAGUGUACUAAACCUGAAGAAAAUUGUGGAGAUGCAGGAGAUUUGUCAAGGAAAACAGAAAAGUUAAAUGUAGAAGAAGCAACAAAUUCUUCGAAUGUGGAUUUAAGUGAGGAGUCAGAAGCACAGAUCCGAGAGGAAGGUAAUUCAGCAAAGUACUUAAAUGGGCAGAUGAAUGAAAGUACAAGUACAGACGCCAUGGAACCUGUAGAUUCAAACCAGAUCACAAAAGAGAUUCUUGCUGAAGACAAAUCUGAAGAGCCAGUGUUUGAUGGAACUGAGGUUCCUGAAAUGGAAGAAAUGAGGCGCUCAUCCAAUCAGUCUGUGGAACUUGACUCAGAGGCUCAGGGGUCUGUACUCAAUGAGCGAGCUGUUGCAAUCAAGAAUUUUGUUAAAGAAAAGAGUGCCAUUGCAGUUUCAACAUUUAUGCGGCGCCUUUCUGGCAAAAAGGAUGAAAAUGAGUUCAAGGUUGAAGCUGACAAGAGUGAUGGUUCAGAAUGCAUCAACAGCGAGAAGACUGGGUCUGAUGCUGAACCUAAACCUAAAGAGGUGCAGCAGAAAACCGACGAAAGGACUGCUUGGAAUCCACUAAACUUGAUUAAAAUUGGACGAGAUUUUGAUACUUUUAUAACUGGGGAAGCAGGGCAUGAAGAUGUGCCUGGUUUGUUGGAGCAACCAACAGUAAAGGGUAGGAUUAUAAUAUACACAAAACUGGGGUGUGAAGAUUGCAAAAUGGUUCGUCUUUUCUUGCAUCAGAAAAGGCUCAAGUAUGUUGAGAUCAACAUUGACAUCUUCCCCAGUAGAAAGUUGGAAUUGGAGAAGAAUACUGGGUCAUUUACUGUACCAAAAGUUUAUUUCAACGACCUUCUGAUCGGAGGAUUAAUUGAGUUGAAAAAAAUGGAAGAUUCUGGCAUACUUGAUGAGCAUAUCGGUGUUCUUUUCAAAGAAGAACCCUCAUCUUCUGCUCCCUUACCUCCCUUACCUGGAGAAGAUGAUGAAUCUGGAAGUGGGAAGAUGGAUGAGUUGGCAACCAUUGUCAGAAAAAUGAGAGAGUCGGUCACUCCUAAGGAUAGAUUCUAUAAGAUGAGAAGAUUUAGUAACUGCUUUCUUGGUAGCGAAGCUGUGGAUUUCUUGUCAGAAGAUCAGUAUUUGGAGAGAGAUGAGGCAGUGGAAUUUGGAAGGAAGCUUGCAAGCAAAUACUUCUUUCGUCAUGUUCUAGAUGAGAAUGUCUUUGAAGAUGGAAAUCAGCUGUAUCGUUUCCUGGAUCAUGAUCCUGUAGUUAUGACUCAGUGCUACAACAUCCCUAGGGGCAUUAUUGAUGUUGCACCGAAACCUAUUGCUGAAAUUGCAACAAGGUUGAGAUUAUUAUCUUAUGCCAUUUUUGAAGCUUAUGUAUCUGUGGAUGGUAGACAUGUUGACUACAGAAGCAUCCAGGGCUGUGAGGAAUUUAAAAGGUAUAUUAGAACAAUCGAGGAGCUCCAAAGGGUGGAAAUUGAUGACUUAUCACGUGAAGAAAAGCUAGCUUUCUUCAUAAAUCUCUACAAUAUGAUGGCUAUCCAUGCAUUAGUGACAUGUGGCCAUCCUGCUGGACCACUGGACAGGAAAAAGUUUUUUGGAGAUUUCAAGUGUGUCAUUGGUGGAUGUGCUUAUUCACUUUCAGCUAUCCAAAACGGCAUUCUACGUGGCAACCAAAGGCCACCAUACAACAUUGCUAAACCUUUCGGACAGAAAGACCGAAGAUCCAAGGUGGCCCUUCCAUACCAUGAACCUCCUGUUCACUUUGCUUUGGUAUGUGGCACCAAAUCUGGACCUGCCCUUAGGUGUUACUCGCCAGGAGAUAUUGACAAAGAAUUAAUGGAAGCUGCACGUGAUUUCCUAAGGAAUGGAGGACUGAUUGUUGACCCUGAUGCCAAAGUUGCAUCUGCAAGCAAGAUUUUAAAAUGGUAUAGCUCAGAUUUUGGCAAGAAUGAGACGGAAGUACUGAAGCACGCCGCAAACUACCUUGAGCCUGCACAGUCAGAGCAGCUCUUGGAACUUCUCGCGAGCACUCAACUGAAAGUCGCGUACCAACCCUACGACUGGAGCAUAAACAUUUAGACGCAGCGUUUCAGUUACAUUUGCAUACCUGUUACACAAAGUCCCGUGGAUCCAUGCCGCUUAUGCACCUCAAUCCCCUUUCUGAAGCCGGGUGCACCUCUCUGAUAGAGUGUUCUUAUAUUGUGGCGACAUGGAUGAGAGUACCAAAUGACCUGAUGUAUGUUGCGUUCGUUUGACUGAAUGAGCGUGCUGAAUCGUUGAUGCGGUCUUCCCCAUUGGUGAUACUCUAAUCAUUUGUUGCCUGCAUGUUAAGCUUUGUGUUUCUUA